GUAAUUAUUCAGUCAUUUCUGAACAUUAGAUCUGAGAACAUGCAAUUAGUCCACGUUCUUGUCGUUUUGCUUUCCGUUGUAGCUCACGCAAAGAAAUUUUUCAUUCCGAAUCUUAAGGCCAACUGGCACAAGGCGCAUGAAUUUUGCAUUUCUUUGGAUAUGAACAUGGUGUCGGUUGAGUCCCCGAAGGAUCACGACGAAUUGGUUCAAUUUGUCCGGAAAACGGACAAAUUUUCCAAUGCAACGCGAUUUUGGCUGGGGGCGAGUGAUUUGGCUGAGGAAGGUGUUUAUACGUGGGUGUCGAGUAGCAGACUGAUGACGUUUACCAACUGGGCCGAGAAUGAGCCGAGUAGCACAGAAGCCGAGAACUGUGUGGAAAUGAUUCACAAUACGUAUGUCAACAGGAUUUGGACCUGGAAUGACAUUGACUGUCGGGGGUUUAAGGCGUAUAUUGUUUGUGAAGAGCGGCAAAGUAUUGCACAGUUUAGAUAGGUUAUGUGGUGUACUAAAUGUAUUGUAGUGUGAGUUAUUGAAAAAAUGGUCAUUUUUAUAGCAAAA